UGUUUUUUUUCUUCUAAAAACUUGGCCGCAAAAACAAUAGCGAAAUAUAUAACCUGAUGAUGAUGAUGAUCUUUGUAUCUACAAUUAAACGAUGAAUUUUUACCACCAUCAUGAACCCUCGGCUCCACCGCGUAGGAAACGUUCGUUGAGUACUUCGAGAUUUGAUUCACAAGAAUCACCAUACAAUCAUCAAUCAUCAUAUCACCAUCAACAACAAGGAUAUGGUAGUCCUACCUUUUCCCAUCGCAAUAGAACCAAUUAUUCGGAAGAACAUAUUCCUGCUUUAUAUAUACAAAAUCCAAACAAUAAUCUACAACCAUUGAUUCGUACGGGUUUCAACAAUUUGAACUUUUCACAGCCAAAUCCACAAACAAAUCCAUUGAUUACAGCUCACAAUUAUUCACCUAAUCAAGGGCAUCAGCAGCAAUAUUUACAAAACUAUCCUGCAGAACAGCAAUUUUAUCUGCCAAAUAACCAAGGUUAUCAUGAUGGCGGACUGCUAGAUUAUCAAAAUCACCCUGACGUUUUUGGUGAUGAUUUCCAACAACAACAAAAACAACAACAACAAGGAAUUCGGCAACCGACAACAUUGAUCAAUAAUCAACCAUCCCUAUUGUUUGCAGCGAUGGCUGGUCCAUUAACUCGAUUCAGCCCUAAUCCAUGUGGAGCAAGUGGAAUGAAUUUUUCACCAUCAUCGUCAUCGGCUAUCGGCUUGAAUCGAAUGAAUGUCCGUCCUCAUUAUGAUCAUCUCAAAUUGAUCAAUGUUCAUUAUAAUCCAUACCAGUCUAAAUUCAAUCCAACAUUGAUGGCCAAGCCAUCGUUGGAUGGAUAUCAAUCGUCGCAAAUUUCUUCGCCAAUUACCGCUGCGAUUGCAACAAGACGUGAUCCCAAAUAUAGUAGUAGAGAAAAAUUAAAUUUUGACUUUAACGAUUCAUCCAUACAUCAAGUGAGAUUCGCACAGGACAGAACACCACCGGCAAGGCCGCCGCCACCAAAACUUCAUUCAAGAUUUAGCAUGGAGAAUCUAUCAUCGUCAUCUCCGACAUCGGGUGGCUUGACUGGUUUGAAUUAUAAUGAUUAUGCUGUCAUCGACAAGAAUAGAGUUCGAGAUAGGCGUUCGCUAUCACCAACACGAGUUGUUCCGCCUGGUGGUGGUAUACAACGUCCGUACACAAGUCGUCCAACAUCUCCAUUGCCGUUGACAGAUAUGAAUAGUCCAAAUUUUACUCGGCCCCAACUUUCUCGAUCUUCAUCGGUAAAUCUUCGACCGGGCUCAUCACGGACACCAUCGCGAGAACCAUCGCCAAUUCGGACAUUUAUCAAUUUUUCAAAAUACAAUACGAAAACAUUGUCUUUCGAUGAUAGCUCAAAGAAUCUACUUUCUCCCAAAUCUCCCAAAGCAAUGGGUCAAUGCAACACCGUAUUGGUGGAUAAUAAAAGACAAAUGAAUGAAUUGCAAGUACCAGAUACUUUUACAGCCAAACCAAUGUCUGAAUUGAAUAGCUCCAAUGCUGCUGCUGCUGGUGGUGGUGAUCAACAUUUUUCGCAAGCAUUCACCGAUCAUUGUGAUCAAUAUAAAUCGGUUACGAGCAAAAUUCUUGGAAAUAGAAAAAAUAAAAUUGGCGACCAAUCGCCUUGUGUUGAUAUAGAAGAAUUCGACAUGAACGACAAGCAAAAUUGUUUCGAACCAAUUGCCACUAAUAAUCGAAAUGAGCUAAACCCAAUCAGACUGGAUUCAAUGAUGACGACUGACAUACCAUUGAAUGAAAAUGUACAAACAUCAGAGAUUGAAACAUUUGCAGCGAAACUUGGCGAAAAAUUAUUGGUCGAAUCGAAAAUACAAGAACUACGAAGAAAUUCAUCCGCCAAUAAUCUUGCUGUUCACCAACGAAAAGCAUCGUUACCAGCCGAAUACAUUGCUUCCAAUGCCGCUGAACAAUUGAAAUUGACAAACGAUUGGUGCCGUGAAAAUGUUGCCCAUCUAGCUCAUGAGGCGCGCGAACGAAAAUUACGGCCCGAAAAUCAAUUGAAACAGAAAAUGAAAAGAAUUGGCAUAUGGUUCACGAAACAAUUUGUCUUUCUAUUAAUUUGUGCAUUGAAUGUGGCGUUGGCAUACGUUUUCUACAAUCUAAUCACUGCUCUGCCUAAUUGAGUGAUAAAUUGGUCGUUUGUUUCAAUUUUAUUUUAUUUUAUUAUUUAAUUUUCAAAUAAUUAUCCAUUCUUCAUUCAAAAUUUAUAAAUUGCGUUCAUGGUAUACGAUAUAAUGACAAGUGGGUGAACAAGUGAUGACCAUCGAACAAAAAAAUA